AUGGAGAGAAGUGCCCUCCCCCUCCUUGCCACGGCGAGAAGUGCCCUCCCCCUCCUUGCCACGGCGAGAAGUGCCCUCCUCCUCCUUGCCAUGGAGAGAAGUGCCCUCCCCCUCACCAUGGCGAGAAGUACCCUCCUCCUCCUCCUUGCCACGGCGAGAAGUGCCCUCCCCCACCGUGCUAUGGUGAAAAGUGCCCUCCCCCUCCGUGCCAUGGUGAGAAGUGUCCUCCUCCUCCUUGCCACGGUGAGAAGUGUCCCCCUCCUCCUUGCCACGGCGAGAAGUGCCCUCCUCCCCACCAUGAGAAGUACCCUCCUCCUCCUCCUUGCCACGGUGAGAAGUGCCCUCCUCCUCCCUGCUACGGCGAGAAGUGCCCUCCCCCACCGUGCCAUGGUGAGAAGUGCCCUCCCCCUCCCCCCCCGCCAUGCCACGGAGUCUUACUGCAAGGGUCCUGAGUGUGAGGCCAAGUGCCACCCCGAGAAGUGCACCUACGUGCCCGAGGGUCACCCUCACCCCGCUUGCGGCUCCGGCGAGAAGUGCCUGCCUCCUUGCCACUCCAGCUGCCCUCCCCGCGAGAAGCCCUCCACCGCUGUCACCACUCCUUCCCCCCCUCAGAAGCUGGUGCCUCCUACCACCAUCGCCACUCCCACUCCCCCCAAGACCAACGAGGUCCCGGAAACUCCCAAGGGCGAGAACAAGGUCCCCAUCAUCAGCGGUGCCUCCAAGACCAGCCAGACUGGCAUCUACCUCAGCAUGGCUGCCGCCUUCGCUGCCAUGCUCUGGCUCUAG